AUGGCUACAAAGAUCGACAAGGAAGCCUGCAGGGAGGCGUACAAUCUAGUGCGAGACGACGCCAACUCCGUGAGCUGGGCCACCUUUAAGUACGACGGUUGCAUGAUCGUGCCAGGGGAGCAGGGUUCGGAAUACGGAGAAUUUGUUGGCAGCUGCACAGAUGACAUUCGAUUAUUUGCUUAUGUCCGAUUCAACACUGGCGAUUCCAUGAGCAAGCGAGUGAAGUUUGCUCUCAUCACCUGGAUUGGAGAAGAUGUUGGUGGACUGCAAAGAGCCAAAACUGGCACUGACAAGACCCUAGUGAAAGAAGUUGUACAGACCUAUUCCAAGGAGCUGGUGAUCACAGACCACAAGGACCUGGACGAGGAUUAUAUCAAGGGUGAGCUGAAAAAGGCCGGCGGCGCCAACUACGAUGCCCAGACAGAGUAA